AUGCUCAAGCUCAUCUCAACCUACGCACUCCUCGCCCUCUCGCUUCUUCCUUCACUGGCUUCCGCUCUCCCGGCGGCUGAUGAUCACGCCUCACAUGCAACCACAGCCUCGGAUGGGAAUACUUGGCUGGCUACCUCGAUUGGACCAGACUGCAUCACUGGUGCUCGGUACCAUGGUGUAAUGCAGGGAAAGAACAUUACUAUCGCUGACGUUCCUACCUACUAUGCCGAACCUCCCGUCGAUGCCGCCGAGAAGAAAGUCAUUUUCUUCUUCUCGGACGUCUAUGGACCAUUCCUCGACAACAAUUUCAUGCUGCAGGAUUGGUUCGCGAGUCAAGGUUUCCACGUUCUGGGAAUCGAUUACUUCUUCGGUGACCCUAUCCAGAAUCAUCCCGAACCAGGGUUCAAUAUUACUGCAUGGCUCGCCAAGUCCCAAAGGCAGGCAGCGGAGGCCGUUCCCAAGUGGAAGGCGGCUGUUAUUGAGGAAUUCGGUGAGGACGCGAAGUAUGCCGCUGUUGGGUAUUGCUUCGGUGCUUCCUAUGCGAUGGAAGCAACCGAAGUUGUAGCCUCUGCGUUUGCCCACCCCGCCUUCCUCACAGAGAACCACUUCCGAAACGUCCAAUCGCCACUUUUGCUGUCACUCGCUGAAACCGACUCCACAUUCUCAACCGCUGCUUCAAGAAGGGCUAUGGAUAUCCUUAUGGAAGAGCGUGCAACUUAUCAUCUGCAGCAAUUCUCCGGGGUCCAGCACGGGUUUGCAACGAGAGCCGAUCCUAACGACGCUAACGCUGUGUGGGCCAAAGAGGAAUCGGGCAGAAGCGUCAUUGGGUGGUUUACCAGAUUCAUGGCACAGUGAUAUUGGGGACUAUGAGUCUUGCGACAUGUAAUUUUACAUGCUACAGACGAAAUUUGAGAACUGUGAUAACCAG